AGUUACCGAGGACUCAUCGUUGCUGGACAUCAUGCGCCUGCUACUGGAGGCCGGUGCAGAUUCAAAUGUCGCCAUACCGAGGAACGGAGUGACGCCGCUGAUGAAGGCGGUGAGGGAGGACAAGGAGGCGGCAGUGCGGAUGCUGCUCUCACACGGCGCCGACGCCAACGUCGCGGACUCGCACGGAGUAACCACCCUGUACCAAGCAGCUUGGUUUGGCCAGCUGGACAUCAUGCGCCUGCUACUGGAGGCCGGCGCCAACCCCAACGUCGCCAUGACGAAGAGCGGAACGACGCUGCUGUUGAAGGCGGUGAGAAAGGGCAAUAAGGCGAUGGUGCGGAUGCUGCUCUCACACGGCGCCGACGCCAACGUCGCGGACUCGCAAGAACGGACAUCCCUGUACCAUGCGGCUUGCUUGGGCCGGCUGGACAUCGUGCGCCUGCUACUGGAGUCCGGCGCCAACGCCAACGCCGCGGACUCGUACGGACAAACCUCCCUGCUCAUCGCGGCUCACUGUAACCCGUCUGGUCGGCUGGACAUCAUGCGCCUGCUACUGGAGGCCGGCGCCGACCCCAACGUUGCCGAGACGGAAAAAAUGGAGAGUUUUACCCCGUUACACUACUCCUGUGGUCAACUUCAUACCGAGAUAAUUACUCACCUCUUGAAACACGGAGCUGACCCGAACCUCGUCGAUUGUAACAAGAGGACGCCGCUCGCUAUAAUAGGCAGCAAGGCGGAGGUGAGAAGACCCGGAAUGAACGAGCAAAGAGAAUUCGCAGCAGAAAUGGAACUUCAGAAAUCAAUGCUACAAGCAGAGUCAGUGGUACAAGCGGCGUCAGCUCUCCUACAGACGUGCGAGUCCGCCGGCGUACUUCUACAGGUUAACACACGUGACAGCGAGGGCAACACCCCGCUGCAUAGCUUCUGUAGGAUGAUGCUCGCAUGCAAAGACGAUGUUUACGCGCGAGAGAGGGAGGGGUGCGUGCUGAUAGUGCACGCGCUGGUGUUCAACCACGGCGCACACGUCGACGUGGUGAACGCACGGGGAGAGACGCCAUACGAACUCUGGCGCCGGAUUUACUCGACGCGUUUUCGUGGAAACGUGGAGUCGAUUGACGAGAUACAUGGCAGAAUGAGCGCGCAGUAUCAUUUGCUGAAAUGCCACUGCGCGCGCGUUAUCGUCAGACACAGCGUUGCAUACAAGAACAGGCUGCCUCCGAAUCUCAUAGAAUUUGUCAGGGCACACGCUAGACCAAGGCAACGUAGGCGACACUAAGCGUGUUAACCGAGGAAGCCCAUGUAGGAUCGGAGAUGCGAUAACCCAGAAAAAUAUUAUCAAUACUUGGUAGGUCUAUGUUCUAAUUGUUGCACGUGUUGGCAGACGUGUUUCAUUACAAUGUAAAAUCGAGUAUAUAUAGUAACACUAAUCAUUUUCUAUAGAAAUGUGUAGAUUAUCGGUAUGAUGCCUGAGUGAAUUGGCACGAUUUAAUAACCACGAGUACAAAUGUUAAAAGUUUGCAAAUCAUUUUGCUCUGUAAAAAAACUCUUACAGAGGCUCUGUUGUAAAGAGCUUAAAAGGCUUAGUUGGGUUCUCAGUAUUAAAAAUAAAAUAAAAUAAAACAUAAC